AUGGCGUCCCGUCUCGCAAGGAGCGCAUUCGGCGCCGCCCGCCUGCGACCCGCGCUCCCUCUCCGCACGCUUCCUGCAAUCACCACACCGGUCCGCUCUGCCUCCAAUGUUCCUACCGAGGAGCCCGAGAAGAAGGCAAAGUCUUUGAUUGAUGCCCUCCCCGGAAACAGCCCCGUCUCGAAGGCUGCCAUCCUUUCGGCUACCGCUGGUUUGAGCGCUGCGGCUAUCAGCAACGAGCUCUAUGUCGUGAAUGAGGAAACCAUCGUCGCCAUCUCUCUGAUCACCAUCUUCUGGGCUGUUGGAAAGUUCGCCGGUCCCGCUUGGUCUAGCUAUGCUCAGCAGCAGGUUGAUAAGAUUUCGGGCAUCUUGAAUGCUGCCCGUGCCGACCACACCGCUGCCGUCAAGCAGCGCAUUGAGAGCGUUCAGGAGCUUAGCGGCGUUGUCGACAUCACCAAGACUCUCUUCGAGGUUUCCAAGGAAACCGCCAGGCUCGAGGCUCAGGCGUACGAGUUGGAGCAGAAGACCGCCAUUGCACAUGAGGCUAAGGCUGUGUUGGAUUCGUGGGUGCGCUAUGAGAGUCAGGUUAAGCAGAGGCAACAGCGUGAACUUGCCGAGACUGUCAUCGCCAAGAUCGAGAAGGAACUUGAGAAUCCCAAGACCCUCAAGCAGAUCCUUGACCAGAGCGUCGCCGACGUUGAGAGGAUCGUCUCGCAGAAGGCAUAAGCGGGCAAAAAGAAUCUCCUUUACCAAUUAUCCUUGUUAAAUACACUUGUGCAAUAGUCGAUCUGCUCAAUAGAUUAGCGUGGGCCGCGGACACUGGCCGGUUCUCGUUUCAAUUGAAUCAAAUCCUCCUGAACUCCU